UCAACCAUGAUGGCGUCCAAAGUCCUUCUCGCAAUCCUCCUCCUCGCCGUGGCGACGCCAACGUCGCUGGCUGCCAUCGAUGUGGCGCAGAUGCUCGCUGACAAGCCCCAGUACGCGACCUUCUUGAGGCUCCUGAAGGAGACAAAGGUCGCCGAUGACGUGAGCCGCCUCAAGUCGGCUUCCGUGCUGGUCGUCCCCGAGAAGGCCGUAAAGCCACUCUUGGCGGUGCCGGCCGCAAAGCAGCGGACCAUCCUCCAGCAUCAUGUGCUCAUCAAGUAUUUCGACCCCAUCCAGCUGGGCGAGAUGAAGACCAACGUCGCCAAGCUGGAGACCAUGCUCUCCAACACGGAUAAGGACAUGGGCACCAUCGACUACUCCAAGGACAAGGACGGCCAGAUGUACCUACGCUCCCCAGGCGCCGAUAGUGUCGCCAAGCUCGUCAAGGUCGUCGCCGCGCGCCCCUUCACCGUCUCCAUCAUGGAGAUCAGCGCGCCGCUCUUGUGUCCCAAGCUACUCGGCCCUGGCGCCGCUGGCGCUGCCGCUGGCAGGCCCAAGGGGAAGGGCAAGGGCAAGAUCAAAACCAUGUCGGCUGAUGAAGGGGCCGCCGCCGCUGCUCCAACUGCGUGAUCUGAGAAUUGAGUAAGGUGGCCCUGCAGGACGCCCCCGUUGAACCAUGCGUGCACAACUUUGGAUUUUAUCUUCAUGCCAAGGCUUCAUACAUCUUCUUUUUUUUCUCUUCUGCUGUACUAAUUUUGUGUUUCCAGUAUCCUAUGAUUUUUCUUAGUGAAGUGAAUCGAGUACAACUAGAGGUUGGUUGGGGCGCGCCUCCUGUGCAGUGUGCGCGUUUUUUUUCUUUUUCUUUUCUUUUUUGGGUGCAAAGGCAAUCGAUCGAGGAAAAAAUGUAACAACUGCCUUAUUUUUUGAGAUUAGAAGAACACCCGUGCGUUUCAAUGGGGCCACAUUAACUUUAA